GUCCGAGUCCGAGCAAACCACGACCAUAUCCGGCACAGCCUGUUCGCAGGUAAUCGGAAGCUCUGAGCUCUCUGAAUGUCCGAGAGCAAAUAUUUCAAGCGGAGAAUUACAUUUUAAAAUUGUACAUUUUCUAUUUCAAAUCAUUGAAAAUAACGAUGGAUAUUGAGCUUUUAACUAAGGCAGUGGAGGAUGAAUACUGUCGUCUUAAAGAAGUAAAAAAGCGGGAAGCAGACGAAGAAGUUAAGGCCAGUUUUUCUGCAAACCGAUUCAAAAUCAAAGAUCAACUUGAAAAACUUGCAGAACUCCAGAAGAAAGCAAAGGAAUAUAAAUCUGUUAGCUUUGCUCCUAUCACUGGGCACAUGCAAACUACAAGAAAGGCAUGUGUCAAGUCUGGCGGGACCUUCCCUCCUCAAUACACUUGUCUAAGAGUGCUGUAUUCUGUCUCUCCAAUUCCACCAUUUUUUACAUGGGUUUCUUUGCAACAUAACUACAUGGUUGAAGACGAAACAGUGUUACACAACAUACCAUACAUGGGGGAGGAAGUUCUCGAUCAGGAUGGCACGUUUAUUGAAGAAUUGAUUAAAAAUUAUGAUGGCAAAGUGCACAGAACUCCCGAUCAUGUAAUUGAUGAUGGUAGCUUAACGGAUGAUAUGCUGUAUGAAAUAAUCAAUAAUCUCACCAAAUCUGAGGAUAAAACUUUGAGUGGUGAAAAUUUGGAACAAAAAAGCUCUUGUAUGGUGGAGUUAAAUAGCAAUGGUAUGCCUGCAGAUGAAAUAUUUCAAGUUAUUUUAAAUCUCUGCCCUGGAAAAGGUUGGACAUUGGAAGACAUCCAAACAAGGUACAAGGAAAUAAAACAACGGUUGACUGGUGGUGGAGCCCCUCAACAAUGCACACCAAAUAUAGACAGUGAAGAGGCGCAGUCUGCUUCAAGAGAACAGACGAUGCAUUCAUUUCAUAUGCUGUUCUGCCGAAGAUGUUUCAAAUAUGAUUGCGUUCUCCACGCCUGGAAGCCACUACCAACACAAGUCAGACGCAAGAGCCCUGAUGAUCUUCAAGAGUCAAACCCUUGCGGUGAAAAUUGCUUCAUGCAUACCAAGGACAGUAAGAAGCGUCGUUCGAGCAGCGACGUCGUCUCGUGGAAUGGGGCCGAGAGCUCGCUGUAUCGUGUUCUUAAACCCAUCUAUCAAAGUAAUUUCUGCACACUUGCGAAAUUGAUCAAGACUAAGUCAUGUGAAGAGGUUUACCAGCACUCGUUGCAUGAUGGGCAGGACGAGGAUCCAGUCCCCGAGUUCGAAGAUGCGAAUCAAAAAGCAAAGAAAAAAAGAAAACACAGGCUAUGGUCCUUGCACUGCAGGAAGAUCCAGUUGAAAAAAGACAGCACAAACAAUCACGUGUACAACUAUGUACCAUGUGACCAUCCUGGACAAGCAUGUGAUCAGUCUUGCAUCUGUAUCGCCACUCAGAACUUCUGCGAAAAGUUCUGUCAAUGCAGUCCUGAUUGUCAAAACAGGUUUCCCGGGUGCCGAUGCAAAGCACAGUGCGUGACCAAGCAGUGCCCAUGCUUCCUGGCCGUGCGUGAGUGUGACCCAGAUCUCUGUCACACGUGUGGAGCGGACAACUUCUCCAGCGACGCGAUGUGUUGUAAGAAUGUCGGCUUGCAGCGUGGGGAUAGAAAGCACAUGUAUUUUGCGCCGUCAGAUGUUGCAGGCUGGGGAGUGUUCAUCAAGGAUUCCUGUCAGAAAAACGAGUUGAUUGGAGAAUAUUGUGGAGAGAUGAUAUCCCAGGACGAAGCAGACAGACGUGGAAAGGUCUACGAUAAAUACAUGUGCAGCUUUCUUUUCAAUCUAAAUAACGACCACGUGGUUGACGCAACUAGAAAAGGGAACAAGAUGCGCUUUGCAAACCACUCUAUCAAUCCUAACUGCUAUGCAAAAGUAAUGAUGGUGAACGGUGAUCAUCGUAUUGGGAUAUUUGCAAAAAGAUACAUCGAAACUGGAGAUGAACUAUUCUUUGACUACAGAUACAGCGCAAUGGAUGCUCUCAAGUUUGUGAGUAUUGAGCGAGAUGUUGACGUUGCAUUGCGAUAAAGAGAUAGAUAUUCGUAUCCUUUGAUAUGUUCGAACACAGAGCAGAUGCAUGGGGCUGACUGCAUGUGUAUGCUGUGCGAAUUCUCUCUUUUGUGCGUGGACACUGUGUGUAGUAUAGACAAUGACACCCUAAUCUAGGAAAUGUGCACCUUACGUCACAUUACGAUGGCAGACAAACCGUCUUAGAGAACAUUAGCACAGGCAUGACUGACCAGAAGCCGUAAAAUCCCAUGCGCUUUCAACGACUUUAUUAAGAUAGCGCAAAAUGAAAGGCAUUUUCGCGCGGUCCAUGCAUUCUGGUACACGUUACCUAGUCUCAAGUACAUCUGUGUGUUUGUAUAUAGAUAAUAUUCUACCAAUUUGUCGGAAGUCGCUUUUGAUAUAUUGCGAUUGUAGACAGUAUUUCUGCACUAUAAAUGUUACACAUGUAAUUAAUGGGAAAAUAAAGGCAACUUCACGCGGCUAAUUGUUAUACACGUUUCCUAGAAACUGUGAAGUGCAUCGCAUUUUUUUAUACAUAAAAUUUCUUCACGUUUACCAUAAAUGCUGGUGAUGACGUCAAUCGGCUAGGGUUCGCAGACUGUCAUUCAAUAUUUUCGAAAGUUUAUGUUCGCAUCGGUAUGAGAAUUUGACCAUAAUUGCCGCCAAUGACGUCAAUAGGCUAUAUUUCGCAGAUUGGCAUUCAAUAUUUCAGGAACUUAUAUUCACACCGUUUGUCUGGGCGUACAUAGCAUUAUGUAAGAAGUUGUAAGUGGCAAUUAUCUCAGUGUUUCUGCAAUGCUGCACAAUAUAACAACAAUAUGAGAGGUUUUCGAGGAGAGUUUAUAAAUGAAAGACCGCCUGACUUAAACCUUUCAGUGAAAAGCUGAGGUUUUUUGUCUUGUGUCUUAUUAAGGGUCAGCAAAAUGCCGACCUUAGAAAAAGGCAAUUUUCUAAGUUCAUCGGCUUAAUUAGUAAAAGUACUUAUAAACAAGCAAAAUAGGUUACAAUAGACCUUUUCAGCUUGUAUGCAAAUAAACCCCAUUUCAAAUCGCAUGGUCUGAAAUGGUCAAGUUUUAUUGGCUAUUCCAUGGUCACAACAUCUGAAAUUUGCAUGCAAGCUGAAACGCUCUCCUUUCGCUCAAAUGUCAAGUUUUACAGUUUUCAAG